GGUCCCUGGUCUCCCUGGGGAGCCUGGGAUCAGCACUGCCAUAUGCAAAGUCCGUGUGUCCGUGGAGGGGUACCUACGUGGAAUGGGGUCUGUCCUACAUUUCCCACCUAUUUUCAGUUUGUUAUCCUUUCUAGAGGACUGAGCAAACACAGGUCGUAUAUCUGGGUUUGGUGCCUGUUUAUUUGGGGAUCAUUUUAUUCUGUCAUUGGUUUUAUAAUCCAGUUACUGUGGGUUUUGCCUUCCUCAUGGAUUGAGAUGGCAGACGUAUUGAAGAGGAAGCCUGUGAAGAGGUAUUACUCUUUUUCUGGUACCUCUCGGAAGGAUUCCGUGAAGGCACUGAGGUUUUCAAGGUCAUUGAACCUCAAAAGAACCACUUCAGGAAUCAGCAAAAGGCAGCUGGUAGCAGUGUUUGAUGAGCAAGAUCCACAUCAUGGAGGUGAUGGCACCAGUGCCAGUUCCACAGGCACCCAGAGUCCAGAGAUAUUUGGCAGUGAGCUUGGCACCAACAAUGUUUCAGCCUUUCAGCCUUAUCAAGCAACAAGUGAAAUUGAGGUCACACCUUCAGUCCUUCGUGCAAAUAUGCCUCUUCAUGUUCGGCGAAGUAGUGACCCGGCUUUAAUUGGCCUCUCAACUUCUGUCAGUGAGAAUAAUUUUUCCUCUGAAGAGCCUUCACGGAAAAACCCCACACGCUGGUCAACAACAGCUGGCUUCCUCAAGCCAAACACUGCUGGUAGCCCUAAAACCUGUGACAGGAAGAAAGAUGAAAACUACAGAAGCCUCCCACGGGAUACUAGUAACUGGUCUGAGCAAUUUCAGAGAGACAGUGCGCGCUCGUCUCUGAGUGCCAGUCACCCAAUGGUGGACAAAUGGCUGGAGAAGCAAGAACAGGAUGAGGAUGGUACAGAAGAAGACAACAGCCGUGUUGAACCGGUCGGACAUGCUGACACUGGUUUGGAGAACGUACCCAGCUUUUGUCUGGAUGAUAUGGUAAAGCUCGUACAAGUCUCCAACGAUGGAGGGCCUCUGGGAAUCCAUGUAGUGCCUUUCAGUGCUCGAGGCGGCAGAACCCUGGGGUUAUUAGUAAAACGAUUGGAGAAAGGUGGUAAAGCUGAACAAGAAAACCUUUUUCAUGAAAAUGAUUGCAUUGUGAGGAUUAAUGAUGGUGACCUUCGAAAUAGAAGAUUUGAACAAGCACAACAUAUGUUUCGCCAAGCCAUGCGUACACCCAUCAUUUGGUUCCAUGUGGUUCCUGCAGCAAAUAAAGAACAGUAUGAACAACUAUCCCAAAGUGAGAAGAACAAUUACUAUUCAAGCCGCUUCAGCCCUGACAGCCAGCAUCCUGACAACAGGAGUGUGAACAGCGCGGGGCUGCAGGCGAUGCAGAGAGCGCCCCGGCCGGCCCACCCGCCCGAGCAGACAGACCCUCACCCCCGACUUCUACCUCAGAGCGCACACCCCCCAGGAAAGCCGCCAUCAGCUCCGGCCCCAGCACCACAAAAUGUAUUUAGUACCAGCAUCAGCAGUGGUUAUAACACCAAAAAAAUAGGCAAGAGGCUUAAUAUCCAGCUUAAGAAAGGUACAGAAGGUUUGGGAUUCAGCAUCACAUCCCGAGAUGUGACAAUAGGUAGCUCAGCUCCAAUUUAUGUGAAAAACAUCCUCCCAAGAGGGGCGGCAAUUCAAGAUGGCAGACUUAAGGCAGGAGAUAGACUUAUAGAGGUAAAUGGAGUAGAUAUAGCAGGCAAAUCCCAAGAGGAAGUUGUUUCCCUGUUGAGAAGCACCAAGAUGGAAGGAACUGUGAGCCUUCUGGUCUUUCGCCAAGAAGAUGCCUUCCACCCCAGGGAACUGAAUGCAGAGCCAAGCCAGAUGCAGAUUCCAAAAGACACGAAAGCAGAAGACGAGGAUAUUGUUCUCACGCCUGAUGGCACCAGGGAAUUUCUGACAUUUGAAGUUCCACUUAAUGAUUCAGGAUCAGCCGGUCUCGGUGUCAGUGUCAAAGGUAACCGGUCAAAAGAGAACCACGCGGAUCUGGGAAUCUUUGUCAAGUCCAUUAUUAAUGGAGGAGCAGCCUCUAAAGAUGGAAGGCUUCGGGUGAAUGAUCAACUGAUAGCAGUGAAUGGCGAAUCCCUGUUGGGCAAGACGAACCAAGACGCCAUGGAAACCCUCAGAAGGUCUAUGUCCACCGAAGGGAACAAGCGAGGAAUGAUCCAGCUUAUUGUCGCAAGGCGAAUCAGCAAGUGCAAUGAGCUAAAGUCACCUGGGAGCCCCUCUGGACCUGAGCUGCCCAUUGAAACGGUGUUGGACGAUAGAGAACGAAGAAUUUCCCAUUCUCUCUACAGUGGGAUUGAGGGCCUUGACGAAUCACCCACCAGAAACGCUGCUCUCAGUAGGAUAAUGGGUGAGUCAGGUAAAUACCAGCUGUCCCCCACAGUGAAUAUGCCCCAAGAUGACACUGUCAUCAUAGAAGAUGACAGGUUGCCAGUGCUUCCUCCGCAUCUCUCUGACCAGUCAUCUUCCAGCUCCCAUGAUGAUGUGGGGUUCGUGACGACGGAGACUGGCACGUGGGUUAAGGCUGCAAUCAGCGAUUCAGCAGAGUGCUCUUUGAGUCCGGAUGUUGAUCCUGUUCUUGCUUUUCAACGAGAAGGAUUUGGACGACAGAGUAUGUCAGAAAAACGCACAAAGCAAUUUUCAGAUGCCAGUCAAUUGGAUUUUGUUAAAACGCGAAAAUCAAAAAGCAUGGAUUUAGGUAUAGCUGACGAGACUAAACUCAAUACAGUGGAUGACCAGAAGGCAGGUUCGCCCAGCAGAGACGUGGGGCCCUCCCUCGGUCUGAAAAAGUCAAGCUCGUUAGAGAGUCUGCAGACAGCUGUCGCUGAGGUGACUUUGAAUGGGGAUAUUCCUUUCCACCGCCCACGGCCACGGAUAAUCAGGGGCAGGGGAUGCAAUGAGAGCUUCAGAGCUGCCAUCGACAAGUCUUAUGAUAAACCUUCAAUGGAUGACGAUGAUGAAGGCAUGGAGACGUUGGAAGAAGACACAGAGGAGAGUUCACGAUCAGGGAGAGAGUCUGUAUCCACAGCCAGCGACCAGCCUUCACAUUCUCUGGAGAGACAAAUGAAUGGAAACCAAGAGAAAGGUGAUAAGACUGAGAGGAGAAAGGAUAAAACUGGAAAAGAGAAAAAGAGAGAGAGAGAGAAGGAAAAGGAUAAAAUGAAAGCCAAGAAGGGAAUGCUCAAGGGUUUGGGAGACAUGUUCAGGUUUGGCAAACAUCGAAAAGAUGACAAGAUUGAGAAAACGGGUAAAAUAAAAAUACAGGACUCCCUUACAUCAGAAGAGGAGAGAAUACGAAUGAAGCAGGAACAGGAGAGGAUUCAAGCCAAAACUCGAGAAUUUAGAGAGCGACAAGCUCGAGAGCGUGACUAUGCUGAAAUCCAAGAUUUUCACCGGACAUUUGGCUGUGAUGAUGAGUUGAUGUACGGGGGAAUGUCUUCCUAUGAAGGUCCCAUGGCUCUCAACGCCAGACCCCAGAGCCCAAGAGAAGGACAUAUGAUGGAUGCUUUGUAUGCCCAAGUGAAGAAGCCGCGGAAUUCCAAACCUGCACCCGUAGAAAGCAACAGAUCAACUCCUAGCAACCACGAUCGGAUACAGCGUCUACGGCAAGAAUUUCAGCAAGCAAAGCAGGAUGAAGAUGGAGAAGACCGAAGACGUACCUAUAGCUUUGAACAACCCUGGCCCGGCUCCCGACCGGCGGCGCAGAGCGGCAGGCACUCGGUGUCCGUGGAGGUGCAGAUGCAGCGCCAGCGGCAGGAGGAGCGCGAGAGCUUCCGGCAGGCGCAGCGCCAGUACAGCUCGCUGCCCCGGCAAAGCAGGAAGAAUGCCAGCUCUGUCUCCCAGGAUUCUUGGGAGCAGAACUACUCCCCGGGGGAAGGCUUCCAGAGUGCCAAGGAGAACCCCAGGUACUCCAGCUACCAAGGCUCCAGGAAUGGCUACCUGGGCGGGCACGGCUUCAACGCCAGGGUGAUGCUGGAGACCCAGGAGCUCCUUCGCCAGGAACAGAGGCGGAAAGAGCAACAGAUGAAGAAACAGCCUCCUCCUCCUGAGGGGCUCAACAACUAUGACUCGUAUAAGAAAGUCCAGGACCCCAGUUACGCCCCUGCCAAGGGGCCCUUCCGGCAGGAUGUGCCCCCCUCCCCUUCUCAGGUCGCUAGGCUGAAUAGACUCCAGACUCCUGAGAAAGGGAGGCCUUUCUACUCCUGAGUAGGAGAAGAGCGGAUGCUUCAUGUUAGGCAAUAAAGGACAUUUUCCUAUGAAGACUUGUAUUUUGGGAGUUUUUUUAAAACCUCGAUGGUACUAUGGAAUAUUUGUGUUGUUGGUAUCAGUGCCUUUAAGCAGUAUGGACAAAGAAAUGGAAGGCCUUAAUGUCUUUGCCACCAUGUCUCAAGUGUCCAUUUCAUGGAAGAAUUUCCCACCAUCUGACAAUCAUCUUUUUGAGGCAUUCGUAUCCUCUGCAUCUCUCUGGAGAACCAGGAAUCUUGGCCCAAAUCAUGAGAUGUCAUGGCUUUGUGUUAUAGCCCCUACAACUGUGGUGACAAAUUACCUUGAAGUUGAGGGGGAUGUUGAUCCCUCUUUUGUCUCUUUAAGUUUUCUUAGAUGUGAGGCGACAUUGCAGUCUCCUCCUGGAUGCAAGUGGUGACAUACACCAGAAAUUGAGGCUUGACGGUACAUCACAGCAGUCAUUUAUAAUACUUUGUAAUUAGUAUGGUUUCCCUUUUCCGUCUCAGCUUCUUGUAACAGGAAGGUUCCUUCAUCCUAUUAAAGAUGCUAAGCCAUAUUCCAACACUGUCUGGUUAUCAUGGGGUCCUUUUAUAAUUGCCUUAUGACUCAACAUCACCAGUAAAGUGAUCAUUCUAGUCUGUGUUCAUAUGUACGCCUGUUCAGUCACGUUCCUAACACAUGUCUUGAGUCACCACAGCUCUGUGUGGGGAACGUGGGAGAUGGGAGUGACCCUGGAGGGGACGGACCGGGCCUGCUGACAGCCCUUGUGUAUCAUGAUGUGGGAGGUGGUAGCUGAGAAAAGAAUUCUCCCAGGGUGAGCUUCUGGCCCAGUACAUCCAAGUAAUUAUUUUAAUUAGUUUUUGUUUGACAGGUUGGCAGGAAGGGCAUAGAUAAAUCAGACAGUUGUUUGGGAUUCUAAAAACUCAUCUGCUUUCCACAGUUUUUAAAGUUGGUUACAAUUGACAUUUGUCUAGUGCAUCCACGUGCUGUCUCUGCCUGGUGAUGCCGUCCAUGCUACUAAAUAAUUCUGCCAUGAAAUGGAAAAGACAAAUAAAGGAAAAGCCAUUACACAUCACACAGAGAACAUCUUGGGUCCCAAAACAGUGUGACAAAAGAUUGCUCUCGUGUCAGUAUUUUAACGUACAUGUGGGUCACGAGAGCCUUGGUUGCUCCUGGGUUGUCAUCUGUUGGCUGAACGUCAUGUAUCGUAAACCACGGCUGCAUUACUAAAGUGCCUGCAAAUCUCGAUGUGCAAAAAGCUUGAGACGAAAGCUCAGCGUACCAUGUAUUAACAAAAAAGAAAAGGAAAAAAAUACAUAUACUGAUAUGCCUAUUUUUUUUUAUUGGCACAUUGUAUUUUUGUGUCCACUUGUUUCUAGAAAAUAUGUGAAGUGUCCAUACACGUACCUGUGUCUCUUUUGCAUUUCUGUGUAACAAUUCUGUUUGUUCAUAAUGUGAGGCGAUGUUUAAAUGGUGUCACCAGUGUAAGCGUGGUGACCUUCGAUGACAGUGGCUCUUUCUCACAGCCUUCCCUGAGCUGUGAGAAACAGCUUUCCCUGUAUAUAUGAGACUUCUAAUAAAGGCAUAUUUCUUCCUG